GAGCGCGCGCCGGGCCCUUUUCUGUUCCUCCGGCAGCGGAGGGAAGGGGGCAGCCCAACCCAUCCCAGCAGUGAGGAGACGCCGCCGGACCGAGACGCGGGGGACGCCCAGGAGGCUGGAGCGGCGCGCCUUCCCGGGGCCAACUGCAGGGCGCCAUGGGCAACGAGGCGAGCCUGGAGGGCGAGGGGGCCGAAGGCGCGGCGGACGGCGGGUCCCGAGGGCCGGCCUCCAUCCCAGCCGGCGUGCAGGAGGACCUGAGCCGGCUCAGCGAGGAGGAGAGGAAGCAGAUCGCCGCCGUCAUGGCCAGGGCGCAGCAGGGCCCCCCCGGCGCGGAGCCGCCCCCCAUGCCGAAGCACGCUCUGGCUGCCAGCGGGCAUCCUCCCCUUGAUAGCAGCCAGCAGCCAAGACAAGCAAGCAAACCUCCAGACCCCAGACCCACCACUCUGAGCAAAAGCAGAACAGUUGAUACACUGAAAACAGAGCAGCGGGUACCUGGGAGGAGCCCAUCGGCCACGAGUCUGAGACAGUCUCAGUCAAGGACUGAUUUCAAAGAGGAUCCCAAGCCAAGCAUGAUGCCCAGCUUCCUCUCUGAUGCCAACCCAUUCGGCGCAGUCACUUCAGUUGUAAACAAAUUCAACCCAUUUGAUUUGAUAUCUGACUCAGAUUCAGCCCAGGAAGGAGCUGCCAAAACCCAGAAAUCUGUUCAAAAGGAGCAGGAGAGGCCUGAGCAGCAAAAAGGACCCCCCAAGCAACCCACUCAACAAUCUCCAAAGCUAACUGGUCCGGUCCAAGGAGCCGUUCCUCAGAAAACAGGACCUUCCAAACAACAGCAGCCCCCUGGAGUAUCUAAACAAGGUCCACCUCGAGGUCCUAGCCAACCAGCAGGUCCUCACGCAGAAGAAACCAAACAGCCACAAGGGCCACCCAAAACUCAGCCCCAGCGGCAAGACCCUGCAAAACCUGUGCAGCAGCAGAGCCCUGCAAAGCCCCCUGCACAACAAGCAGGUGCCACAAAACCAUCCUCCCAGCGACCUGAUGCUGCUGAACCAUCUUCCCAGGCCCCUGCUCCCACUAAGCCAGGAGCUCAGCAAGGCAAGCCUCCAGGCAAACCACUAUCUCAGCAGCCUGGUGGGCCUACAAAAGCCAUCCCUCAAGCAGCAGGGCCCAGUAAACCAUUGUCCCAACAUCCAGGAGGUCCUGCAAAGCUGCCUCCUCAGACGGCCAGCCCUGCGGCGCCACCUUCAGGGCAGCCUAGCAGUCCGCAGCCAGAAAGAGCUGGAAAACCCUCCAGGGUGCAACCAGGACCCGGGAAGGUUUCUCAGCAGCACCCUGUAGCUCCAUCUCAGCAGGGGGCCCCACCUGCAGAACCAGCUCCAAAGAAAGUUUUCUGCUCUCUCUGCAACACCACUGAACUGUUGUCGUACCCACCAGACAAGGCCAAUUGCAACACUUGCACCCAGUGUCAAACGGUCGUCUGCAGCCUGUGUGGGUUCAAUCCUAAUCCACACAUAACAGAGAUUAAAGAAUGGCUCUGCUUAAACUGCCAGAUGCAAAGAGCGUUGGGUGGUGACUUAGCUCCAGUUCAUGGCCAUGGACCACAGCCCACCUCACCCAAGCCCAAAACUCCCACUCCGCCCUCAGCAACCAAACCACCUUCUCAGCCACAGAAGCCCAUCUUGACUAAGUCACCAGAACCCCCAAAGCCACAAACUCCAUUGAAAACUCUGGUAGCUGAAGUUCAGUCUGUGGAAUCCCCACCUAAAUCCAGCCAGGCCAAACCACCAGUGACGGAAGUUGAACAGAAGCAAUCAAGAAUGCAAAAAUCCACAAGCGGUGCUGUGCCUACCCAGGUAGCUUCAGAGACCAAGAAGGAUGCCCCUGUUCCCAAAGCAACACCAUCCCAACCACAAGUGACAACUCCUCAGAGAUCAGAGCCUGCCAAGCCAUCUCAACCCACAGCCCCCGCAGAUUCCAAAAUCACACCGCAAGUGUCUCAGCAGAAGCCUGACCCCAAAGCUGUUUCUCAGCCUGUGCCCAGCCCAGAUGUUAAAGCUCAAAUGCAAGCUGAGAGAGUGGAAAUGAAAGAAAGUCCGAAGAAAGCACCACCCCAUGUGAGCCCUCAGCCAGAUACCCAGAAGCAUCCCAAAGGGCAGCAGACUCCCGCCGGUCAAAAGCCUGCUCCAUCUCAGCCACAAGCUCCUCCUCAGCAGCCACAGGUGACACCAGAGCCAUCUCGGCGCUUUAGUCUUAAUGUGGGUGGCAUCACUGAUACCCCGAAGCCACAGCCAACAACCCCUCAAGAAACAGUGACUGGGAAGCUCUUUGGAUUUGGGGCUUCCAUUUUUAGCCAGGCUUCCAAUUUAAUCUCCACAGGGCCACAGCCAGGGGCUCAGUCAUCGGGUCCUCCCUCUGGGUCCCCAUCAAAGCAGCCUCCUCCUCCAGCCCAGCCAGCUUCCCAGAAAGAUGCCCCUCGGGCUCAGCCAUCUCCCAAAGCAACUCCUGUGAAAAGAACCGUCGGGCCUUCUGCACCAGGAAAGCCUGAGAUACCCAAAACAGAAGGUCCCCCCACUGUCAAAGAAGGUGAAGGGGAUAAGAAGCCUGUGCCUGGCAAAGAUACCAGACCCCAAACUGCUACAGCAAAACCAAGUGUGGAGGAGACUUCACUGCCAGCCGCUGCUUGCCCUCUCUGUAAAACUGGACUCAAUGUGGGCUCUACGGAUCAACCCAAUUACCAGCAAUGCACAGAAUGCAAGAAUGUUGUAUGCAACCUCUGUGGAUUUAACCCCAUGCCGCACAUCACAGAGGUACAAGAAUGGCUGUGCUUAAAUUGCCAGACACAGAGAGCAUUAAAAGGACAACUUGGAGAUAUGAGCCAGGUGAAAUCUUCUGCGCUUCCAAAAUCACCAUCCAAACCAUCAGUCACUGCUCUAAGCCAGCCUAAGCUUGCUGAAUCAUCUCCCCAGCAAAAGACUACAGUACAACCUUCUCAGGUACUGGAAAAACCAAAAGAAGGCCGAGAAAUUCAGAAGGAAGCUCCAAAACUUCAACAGAAAAAAUUGGCAAAGGACAUUUCUGCUGAUAAAAUUCAAGAGACUGUUGAAAAGGAAAGUUUGACAGCUCAACAAAAACAACUGGAAAAAACAAAGUCAGCUGAUAAAAUCACACAUAUCAUUCAAGGAGAGGACUCAAAAAUUCAGAAGGUCGAAUUGGCAAAAUCACCCUCUGCUGAUCAAAUUCCAAAGGAAGAGCUUAAACUGAUCACAAAGCUAUCUGCAGAUAAGACGCCAGAAAUCAUGCGAAAGCAAGAGCCAGGUGACCUGGCAAAAAUAUUGCCAUCUGAUAAAAUUCAGGAAGGUGUACCGGCUAAGACACCAUCACCCAAAGAAGCUCAAAAAGGAAAUCAAGAGCCUACAGUUACUCAGACACAAUCUGCCGAUCAAAUUCAGAAGAACGAUACAAAUCUUCAACAGGUUAAACUGGCCAAAGCACCAUCUACUGAUCAUAUUCAAAAGGAGAAGAUCCAGCAGGAAAAACUGGCAAAAACUUCAUCCACUGAUAAGAUUGUACAGCAGUUUCAAAACGAAAAUAUGAAACACCAGCAAGAAAAACCGACAGAAGUACCAUCUACCAGUGAACCAAAGAGACCAGACCCAGCAUUGAAGCAGGCAAAACUUGACAAAAUGCCAUCUGCUGAUCAGAUUUGGAAGGAUGAAUCAAAAGCGCAACGAGGCAAAAUAGCAAAGGCAUCCUCUGCAGAUCACCUUCAUUUGGAUGAUCUGAAACCUCUGCAGGUAAAAUUGGUAAAGUCACCUGUGGUGGGUCCAGUUUCUUGCAAGUCAAGUACUGAUCAGGCUCAACUGGCAAGAAUAGCGGAGGAUGAUACUGCGAGGCACUCUCCAUCAGUGACGGGUGGAGCCAAAGAGAAAGUGGGAGCCAAAGUGCCUGAAGAAGCAAGAAAAGAGGAGGUUUCAACCACUGGGAUGCUAGAGACCUUCUCUGAAGAUCAGAAAUUCCCAAGGGAAAUUUCAGUUCCAGCAAUACCAUUAUCAAAGCCUGAUCACAUUGAGGCACUAAAAGGAAAAUCAGAAAAAGACGAGGACAAAUCAGACACUUCAAGUUCACAGCAGCAGAAAAGUCCGCAAGGCCUGAGUGACACGGGAUACUCAUCGGACGGCAUAUCAAGUUCACUCGGUGAAAUCCCUAGUCUUAUCCCAAGUGAUGAAAAGGAUAUGCUGAAAGAACCUUAUAAACAAGAAACACUUUCACAAGAAAGUACCCCAACAAGUCCUUCUGAUCUUGCUAAGCUAGAAAGCACGGUCUUAUCGAUUUUGGAAGCUCAAGCAUGUACCCUUGCUGAAGAGAAAUCUGGAAAGACUGAAGUCCCUUCAGGUAUUUAUGUUGAACCGACAAAAGACCCACGCAGAACAAAACCUCUACCUAUUACACCAGAAUCCUGCAGUUCAGAUGAUGAAGAUUUAACAGUGCCAAAAAUCCAAGGGGGAAAUGGAAGAACUUCUGCAGAAGAUGGUAAACAAAGCACAUCCGCUCGGAAGGAGUACAAGCAAAGGGCAGGAGCAAUGGAAGAUGCAUCAACCAGAAGGCAACGCUAUGACUCUGUAGAAGAUAGCAGUGAGAGUGAGAAUUCACCAGUCCCUCGGAGAAAAAGGCGUACUAGUGUUGGUUCUUCCAGCAGUGAUGAAUAUAAACCAGAAGAUAGUCCAGGCUCAGGGGAUGAAGAAGAAUUCAUUCGAAAGCAGAUUUUGGAAAUGAGUGCGGAUGAGGAUGCUUCGGGCUCUGAUGAUGACAAGUUCAUCAGGAGUCAGCUGAAGGAAAUCAGUGCAAGUGAAAGCCCAGUGAAGGAAGAAGUGAAGAGUAAAAAAGUAACAGUGGGAAAACAUAAGAGGAUGACACACAAAAGUAGUGUAGACUAUGAAGAGGAUUCUGGCAGGUGCCGUUCUUGGCAUGAUGAUGAUGAUGAGACUUUUGAUGAAAGUCCAGAGUCAAAAUAUAGGGAAACAAAAAGUCAGGACAGUGAGGAGAUUACCACAGGAGGCCUUCGUCGUUUCAAAACAAUAGAACUUAACAGCACAGUAGCAAAUAAAUAUGCCGAGGAAUCUGAACAAACCAAGAGGAGCCUGUAUUUUGAUGAAGAACCAGAGUUAGAGAUGGAGAGUCUUACGGAUUCACCGGAGGAUAGGUCCCGGGGAGAAGGAUCUUCUAGCCUGCAUGCCUCCAGUUUCACACCAGGUACCUCUCCUACCUCUGUGUCAUCGCUUGAUGAAGACAGUGACAGUAGUCCAAGUCACAAAAAAAUGGGAGGAGAAAGUAAACAGCAUCGUAAAGCCAGACAUCGAACACAUGGUCCUCUUCUUCCAACUAUUGAAGACUCUUCAGAAGAAGAGGAGCUCCGGGAGGAGGAAGAACUGCUAAAAGAGCAAGAAAAACAACGUGAGCUAGAGCAGCAGCAAAGAAAGAGCUCUAGCAAAAAAUCUAAGAAGGACAAGGAUGAGCUCCGAGCCCAGAGAAGAAGAGAACGUCCGAAGACACCACCUAGUAAUCUUUCUCCAAUUGAAGAUGCUUCUCCAACGGAAGAGCUGCGUCAGGCAGCAGAAAUGGAGGAACUACAUCGAUCUUCCUGCUCUGAAUAUUCCCCAAGUAUUGAAUCAGAUCCUGAAGCCUUUGAAAUCAGUCCUGAAAAAAUAAUAGAAGUUCAAAAGUUUUAUAAAUUGCCUACAUCUGUCUCUUUAUAUUCUCCUACAGAGGAACAGCCUCAUGAGAUAGUUAAAGAAGACAAUGGUCUAAAGACUUUAAAAAGCGCUGAAGAAGUAUAUGAAGAAAUGCUGCAAACAUCCCACAAAGUUCAGAAAUUUGGAGAUGUUAUUGAAAAAGAUGAAGUGUUUGAAAAAGAGCCCUUGUAUGGUGGUAUGCUCAUAGAGGACUAUAUUUAUGAAUCUUUGAUGGAAGAUGCCUACAGUGGAGUUCCUGAAGCUAGUUUUAUUGCGAGACAAGAUGAGAGUGAUGAAGCUACCCAUCAGAAAGAAAAAGAGAAGAAAACAAAACCUCCUGGUCAGUUGGGUGAAAGGCCUAUGCAAAUAUCUACAGAUGUACAUAAAGAGUAUUAUAGAAUAGAGUCGUUGCAUUCUGUUAUACCUCAAGAAGACAUUGUGUCUAGUUCUUUCAUCAUGCCAGAAAGCCAUGAAAUAGUUGUUUUGGAUAGUGAGGCACCAUCUUCAAGUGAUGAAAAACAGUUGUUAGAUGCAGAUGCUGCUUAUGAAGAGCUUAUGAAGCGACAAGAAAUGCAACUGAGCCCAAGCGCCAGUCCUACUCAGCUAUCUCCAGAAUUCAUUCUUCUCUCAGAUACAAAGACAUCCGUUGAAGCACCAGAGAGAACAUUGUGGACAUCUAACAUCCCUUCAGCAGUUUUAGAUACAUCUUUACUGAGUUCUGCUGUGCUCCCUAUUCCAGAUGUCAAAAUUACUCAGCAUUUUACAACGGAAGAAAUAGAAGAUGAAUAUCUCACAGAUUAUGCCCAGGAGAUUGAAGAAAUUAUUUCCCACGAGACAGCCAUGCUGACAUACUCAGAGGCCUCAGAAAGUGCUGCAUCUAUUUUACCUUCAGAUGCAUCGUCCCUCACAUCAUCUACUUCUUCAGUUUACACCACUGGUAGUUCUUCACCUGUAGCUGGACCAGAUGGUGUGACUUUAGGCUAUGCAGAAACAGUAGAUACUAUAAGCAAGUUAUCAGAUUCCGAUAGAACAACUUCAGUGAGCCAGGUUACCAUAACUUCUACAAAAGAGCAUUCUGAGUCUGCUGUGUUACUCCCAGAGAAGACACUUUUAGCCGAAGAUGUAACACAUGAAGAUCAGGUUUCAGUUUCCUUACCUGAAAUUGAGUCCUUUAUAGCAUCGUCUGCAGUUACAAAACCCAAACCUGUUAUACCUGUCUCUGUUGCCUUGGAAACCAUCUUACCCAUAGAGGACAAAACUAGAACAGUGGUGACCACACCUCAGGUGGUGAGGGGGCUUUAUGAAGAGGAACAGAGAAGAGCUGCUGUCCGCCUAGCAAGGACAACUUCUGCAUCUGGUGAAAAGUUUACAUUUGCAGCACCUGCUACGAAGCCAACACCAAUCAUAUCCUCCUUUACUUCUGCUGUGCCUACGUUGCCAUCGACAGUUUCACCAUUUUCCCCUGUGGCAUCCAAAACAUUCUCAUUUGUCAGAAGUUCUUCUUUAGAUUCACCUGCUCAGCCAUCUCCUCUUCCACCCUCCCGACCUCCCCCUCCUCCUCCCCCUCCACCACCACCUCCACCGCCUAUUCUUCCUAAGCCAACUCUUUAUCCUAAAAAGAAGCCACUGGCUACAGUUCCACUGACAUCAGCUCCUGCAGUAGAACCACCUGUUAGCACUGUCAAAUCAGUAGAGGCAAGUUCUGCCAUAAAAACCAACGGGACACUUGUCACAAGAACAUGUACUUCCACACCCCCUCCUGUCCCUCCUAAACCAGCUUCCAUUCCAUCAGGACUUGUGUUCACACACAGACCCCCUGAAGUAAUUAAGCCUCCCAUUGCUCCCAAACCUGCAAUUUCUCAGUUGCCAACAAGUGCUCACAGAUCAGCAGAACUACAGUCCAAGCCAAUAGGCUUGACUUUAACUAGUGGUAUGUCUUUGAACUUGGUUUCCCCUGCUGAGUACAAACUGACAUCUCCGACUUCUCCACUGUCUCCACAUUCUAACAAAUCUUCACCCAGGCUAUCAAAAUCCACUCAGGAAACUUAUGUUGUUAUCACCUUGCCCUCUGAGCCUGGAACUCCAACUGAGUCCGUUACCAGUCAGGCAAUUAUAAGUUGGCCUUCAGCAUCAUCCCCAAAGGAACAGGCUCCGCUGACCGCACAACCAUUAUUUAUUCCAACCAUGAGUGCUCUGCAGAUUCAAAGCACAAGUGAUCCACUCCGUCCUGCUAUUCCUAUCACUGCCCGCUCCAUUUUUGAAAUAGUCCCUAGCUCAGCAACACAGUUAAUAACAACAGAGGUUGCCAAAACUUCAGUGUCUUUGGUAAAAAGUGCUGGCUUAGGUGGUGUUUCCAUAACUAUACCCCCAGAACCACCGCAGUUAGUAGAUCCAUCCAGAUAUAGAGAAAAUGGAAGAUUCCAUCUCUUUACUGAUGUUAUUGACCUUCGCACUUUAACUAAAAUGGAUGUGGAAAGGACGGAUGGCUGUAUGGAUCUGUCUGCUGCUCCCAUUGAUAUAAGGAGGCAAACCAUGGCAAGUGACAUAUUUGGACGGCCAAUAAGCACCAUUCAACCAGCUAUUAUAAAUCUCAGCACUGCAUCAAUAGCAGAGCCUUCUUUGGCUCCAGUUACUGAAACAAUUACAAUAGUAACCUGCACAACUACUGUAAGCUAUAGUUCUAGUUCAGAAAGCCUUGUAGACCUUGGACAUGCAAUGUCAACCCCACUGCAACUAACAUCGCAACAUUUUGAACUUAGAUCUAGAGCAGCAGAUAGCCAGGCACUCUCUGCAGACAGGGAUGAAGCGCCCAUCAAUCUGUCCCUAGGUCCUCCAGGGCAUGCCGUGACCUGGGCUUCUACAAAGCCAGUGACUGUCCCUCCUGUGGGUGUAACCAAUGGUUGGGUUGAUAUUGGCACUGCUCAUGAACCUACGGAGAGUGGAGUAGUUGAUCUCAGUACUUCAAAAUCCCACAGGACAAUGGUGUCAGUAGAUGAAAUGACUUCAGGAAUUGUUACCACUGUAAUAGAAGAUGAUGAAAAACCUGUGGAUUUGACCGCAGGGAGAAGGGCUGUUUGUUGUGAUGUGAUCUACAAGCUACCAUUUAGCAGGAGCUGUACCGCCCAAGCUCCUGCAACAACCCUACCUGAAGAUCGUUUUGGUUACAGGGAUGAUCACUAUCAGUAUGACCGCUCAGGGUCCUAUGGUUACAGAGCCAUUGGGGGUAUGAAACCUUCUAUGUCAGACACCAAUUUAUCUGAAGCUGGACUUUUUCUUUACAAAAGCAAGAAUACCUUUGACUACCCAGUUGGGGAGACUGACGUAGCAGUAGACUUAACUUCUGGCAGAGUAAUGACAGGUGAAAUUCUGGAUUACUCAAGCAAGAUUACUGGUCCUUAUCCAGAGACUCGGCAAGUUGUUUCUGGCAUGGGGAUCAGUGCGCCUCAGUAUUCCCAAGCAAGAAUAGUGCCAACUCUAGGAACCCCAUACAGCAUUGGGAGUGUCUUGAGAUCAUCCAGUGGAGUUGUGUAUUCAUCAGUUGCAACUCCAGUCCCGUCACCCUAUGCCAUCACAACGCAACCAGGUUCUAUUUUCAGUACUUCAGUUAGAGACCUAUCUGCUCACCCGACAGCUGACAAAAUGCCUGCAUUAUCAGCCUUGGAACAGAGCCAGGCACUCUCAGAAUCAUACAGUUUCUUGACAACUAUGGCAUCAGACAAAGAGGGUGAGAUUACUAACAUAGACCUUGAGCCAGGGUUACAUCCUCUCCCUAUGGAAACUAUCACAAAUGAGCCCAUCGACUUGUUACCUGUCUUUACUACAGCUUCAGAAGCUUUCAUGGAUGUUAUUCAGGAUGACCCUUCACUUCUCCUUGCCCCUCAAGAAGGCAAACAGCAACAUCUUGAUUUAGAGCGUGAGCUUCUAGAGCUUGAAAAACUGAAACAGCAGCGCUUUGCAGAGGAGCUAGAGUGGGAACGCCAGGAGAUACAAAGGUUCAGAGAACAGGAACAAUUUAUGGUUCAAAAAAAGCUUGAGGAAUUGCAGUCUAUGAAGCACCAUCUUCUCUAUCAGCAGGAGGAAGAGCGGCAGGCUCAGUUCAUGAUGAGACAGGAAACAUUAGCUCAGCAGCAACUACACAUCGAACAAAUCCAUCAACUUCAACAGCAGCUUCACCAACACUUGGAAGAACAAAAAAUCCAGCAGAUCUAUCAGUAUAAUUAUGAUCCUUCAGGAACUGUGUCUCCACCAACGACCACCGAUCAAGUCAUUACUGAAGACCAAUAUGCAGCUGCUGUAAAUGGCCAGUUCUGGACUGGUGAGGAAGCUAUUACAACCACUUCUGCUGUUCUGGGCAUUGAAAUUCCACAAAGCCAAGCCUGGUACACAGUUCAGUCAGAUGGUGUCACUCAGUACAUUCCUAGGCCUGGUAUACUAAGCUCUGUUUCAGAGAUGUCUCUUAAGGACAUUGAUAUGAGAGAGGAAAAGCAACUGAAAAAGAGGAGCUCCAUGCCAAAGCUGCUUGGCCCAUAUGAGGAACUUGAUGAAACCAUGGAAGAAGAGCCCAGAUGUCUCAAAAAAAUAGCGGAGAGCGGCGUUCAAACUGACGAUGAGGAUAGCGCAGAUAUGAGCUACCCGGACCGAAGACAAAGAACUAAAAAGGGCGUUGAUACAAGUGUCCAGACAGAUGAUGAGGACCAAGAUGAAUGGGACCAAUCCAGCAGAUCAAGAAGAAAAACUCCUGGAGGGAAAUACGAAGUUACUACUGAGGUGGACAAGGCUAAACCAUUCUCCAAAUUCUCCAGUGUUGCAGUACAGACAGUAGCAGAGAUUUCUGUACAAACAGAACCUGUAGGGAUGAUAAGGACCCCAUCGAUAAGGGCCCAACUGGAUGCUAAGGUAGAAAUAAUAAAACACAUUUCAGCUCCAGAAAAGACGUAUAAAGGCAGAAGUUUGGGAUGUCAGACAGAAGCAGACUCAGACUCUCAAAGCCCCCAAUACCUCACAGACACCUCCCCUCAAAAAGACAAAAAAAGGCCUACGCCCUUAGAAAUAGGUUAUUCAACCCACCUUCGGCCAGAACCCACACUCCAGGUAGCACCUUCCCCUCCAAAAUCCCCCAAAGUUCUCUAUUCUCCCAUUUCCCCUGUUUCUCCAGCUGCAGUCAUAGAGUUAGCAUUUGUACCCUAUGAAAAACCCGUAAGUGAAGACAUUAGUCCUCAGAAGAUUGUGCAUGCUGAUGUCACCAAGAUUCCUCAGCUGAGCCCAAAGUCUGCCAAGGUGAUGCAACGUUCCUUGUCUGACCCCAAACCUCUGAGCCCAACAGCUGAAGAUCCCUCCAGAGGUCAUUUUCAGUACUCUGAUGGUUUCUUGGCCACAAGCUCUUCAAGUGUUGCAUCAGGAAUGCAAAAGAAGGUCAAAAGAACUUUGCCCAACCCGCCUCCAGAAGACGUUACUGUAGGAACACAGUCUGCCUUUACCACUGUGGGGUCGGUUUCACGCCGGAGAAUCUGUAGAAGCAAUACUAUGGCCAGAGCUAAAAUUCUUCAGGAUAUAGAUAGAGAACUGGAUCUAGUAGAACGAGAGUCAGCCAAACUUCGUAAGAAGCAAGCAGAGCUAGAUGAGGAAGAGAAGGAAAUAGAUGCAAAGCUUCGAUAUUUAGAAAUGGGUAUCAACCGACGAAAGGAAGCAUUGCUUAAAGAAAGAGAAAAGAGAGAGCGUGCCUAUCUUCAAGGAGUAGCAGAGGAACGGGAUUAUAUGUCAGACAGUGAAGUUAGCAGCACCAGGCCUUCCAGGAUAGAAACUCAGCAUGCCUUGGAAAGGCCUCGGACCGCUCCCCAAGCAGAGUUUGAUCAAUUUAUACCUGCACAGACUCAGCCUGAAACUCAGUUUGCAACUCCUACAAGCCCUUAUACACAGUAUCAGUAUUCGUCACCUGCCCUUCCCACUCAAGCAUCGACUCAGUACACACAGCAAUCACAUUACCAACAGCAGCCGUCUUUAUAUCAACCACAGGUUUCUCCUUAUCAGACCCAGUCAGCAUUCCAGACAGUGGCGACUAUGUCCUUUACACCUCAGGCUCAGCCACCGCCAAUCCAACAGCCUUCCUAUCAGCUCUCAUCACAGUUGGUGGUUAUCCCACAGAAAACAAGGCAAAGUUCACUAUACCUGGAACCCAAGAUAACAACAAACUACGACGUAAUUCGCAACCAGCCUCUCAUGAUAACACCUUCAUCUUCGGAUAAUACAUAUGCAGGGUCCCACCUGAGUAAUAAAUACAGCACCUUGGACUUAAGAAUGGGACUGGACGAGAGGAGCAGCAUGGCCAGCAGUCCUAUCUCCAGCAUAUCCGGUGAUUCAUUCUAUGCAGAUAUAGACCACCAUACACCACGCAAUUAUGUGCUGCUUGAUGAUAUCGGGGAUCUCACUAAAGGGACAUCAUCUCUGAGCUCUGCUUAUGGACUUCACGAGAAGGAUUUAACCAAAACUGACCGGCUUCUCCGAACAACUGAGGCCCGGAGGGUGCAAGAUGUCUCAGAUUUAUUCCCAUCAUUGCAACCCUCUUCUCGGUUGCAUAGUUACAUGAAAGCUGAUGAAGACCCAAUGGAAGACCCUUAUGAACUGAAGCUUCUCAAGCAUCAGAUUAAGCAGGAGUUCCGCCGGGGUGCAGAAAGCUUGGAUCAUGUGGCGGGCCUUUCACAGUAUUACCAUGGAGAUACUAGCUACAGACAUUUCCCCAAGUCUGAGAAAUACAGCAUAAGUAGGCUGACCUUAGAGAAACAAGCUGCCAAACAGCUCCCAGCAGCUCUCCUUUACCAGAAGCAGUCCAAGCAUAAAAAAGCCUUGAUCGAUCCCAAAUUGUCUAAAUUUUCACCCAUCCAGGAAAGCAGGGACCUUGAGCUGGAUUAUUCAACCUAUCUGUCGUCCAGCACUUCUUCACUUGGGGGCAUCACCUCCAGAGCAAGGCUUCUCCAGGAUGACAUCACAUUUGGUCUUCGAAAAAAUAUCACGGACCAACAGAAGUUUAUGGGGCCCACCCUUGUACAUUCCCUUGGUACAAGCCUUGGAGCUGCUCUGAGCUCAUCAAUGAGAUCCACUUUUCAAGACGAUGCUGACAAACCCUAUGGCAGUGGCAGCCGAUCAAGGCCUUCCUCCCGGCCAUCAUCAGUGUAUGGGAUUGACUUAUCACUGAAAAGAGAUUCUUCAAGCUCUUCUUUAAGGCUGAAAGCCCAAGAGGCUGAGCAUAUGGAUGUUUCUUUCAGCCACGCAGCCCCCUCUGGAAGAACUAAACCAACCAGUCUGCCUAUAAGUCAGAGCAGGGGACGAAUCCCAAUAGUUGCACAGAAUUCCGAAGAGGAAAGUCCCUUAAGCCCCGUGGGUCAGCCAAUGGGAAUGGCAAGAGCAGCAGCAGGUCCACUACCACCAAUAUCUGCAGACACUAGGGACCAGUUUGGAUCAAGUCAUUCAUUGCCUGAAGUUCAACAGCAUAUGAGGGAAGAAUCACGAGCUCGGGGCUACGACCGGGAUAUUGCCUUCAUCAUGGAUGACUUCCAGCAUGCCAUGUCAGACAGUGAAGCCUACCACCUUCGCCAGGAAGAAACGGACUGGUUUGACAAACCUCGGGAGUCUCACGGUUUUGAUAGAAGGCUACCAGACAAGCUUGUCCACUCGAGACCACCAAGCCAGCAUCAAGAUCAAAUAAAUGGGAAGCCAAUGCAAUACAUCUUUCCCCAUGCAAGAGUGAAACUUCCAAGGGACCCAAAGGAUCGCUCAGUUUCAGGCAAUGGGCUGGGGAUCCGAGUUGUAGGUGGGAAAGACAUCCCUGGAGCCAAUGGCGAAAUUGGUGCUUACGUUGCUAAGAUCCUGCCUGGUGGAAGUGCUGAACAGACGGGGAAAGUUAUGGAAGGAAUGCAAGUGCUGGAAUGGAACGGCAUUCCCUUGACUGGCAAAACAUAUGAAGAAGUUCAGAGUAUCAUCAAUCUACAGAGUGGGGAAGCAGAAAUAUGUGUAAGAUUGGAUCUCAAUAUGCUGUCAGAUGCUGAGAAUCCCCAACAUCUGGAAUUGCUUGACCCAGGAAAAACUGUGGAAAAAACUAAGUCCCCAGGAGUUGAUCCAAAGCAAUUGGCUGCGGAGCUGCAAAAGGUCUCCCUACAGCAGGCCCCCCUAGUGGCCUCCUCAGCAAUGGACAAGGGCUCUUGUGCUCCCUCUGGCACCACAUCAGCCACUUCCAGUUCUGUUCCCAGCCCCGGCCAGCCUGGUUCUCCUUCAGUCAGCAAGAAACGACACAGCGGCAAGCAACCCGCUGAAGCCACGAAGACAAGUUCCCAUCCAGUUACUGGAGAAAUUCAGCUGCAAAUCAACUAUGACAAGCACCUUGGUAAUCUGAUCAUUCAUGUGCUUCAAGCAAGAAACCUUAGUCCCCGGGACAACAAUGGCUAUUCUGACCCAUUCGUCAAGGUCUAUCUUCUGCCUGGAAGAGGUCAAGUAAUGGUUGUCCAGAAUGCAAGUGUUGAGAACAAGAGGAGAACGAAAUAUGUACAGAAAACCUUGAAUCCUGAAUGGAACCAGACAGUCAUUUAUAAAAACAUCUCCACAGAGCAGCUGAAGAAGAAAACCUUAGAAGUUACAGUCUGGGACUAUGAUAGAUUCUCCUCCAAUGACUUGCUUGGUGAGGUGUUAAUUGAGCUAUCUAGUGCCUCUCAACUGGAUAACACUCCUCGGUGGUAUCCACUGAAGGAGCAAAGUGAAAGCAUUGACCACGGGAAACCUCACUCUGGACAGAGUAGCCAGCAGUCACCAAAACCAUCUGUUAUCAAGAGCAGAAGUCAUGGGAUUUUUCCUGAUCCAUCCAAAGACAUGCAGGUACCCACCAUUGAGAAGUCCCACAGCAGUCCUGGAAGCUCUAAAUCAUCCUCUGAAGGACACCUACGCUCUCAUGGCCCAUCCCGCAGCCAAAGCAAAACCAGCGUCACUCAAACUCACCUUGAAGAUGCUGGGGCAGCCAUCGCCGCUGCUGAAGCAGCUGUCCAACAGCUCCGCCUUCAACCAACAGCACAUAAAAGCGGUCAAUCUAAUAAUGCAAGGAAGCAGCACAGACACAGCAUUGCAGGAGUCCUCCCCAUUCAAAGAACUCAGUCUGACAAUCUGCCUCCACCAGCCAGUGACAGCAAAGACCAAAACCAGCUUGCCCUCAGGAAAGUGAUGUCUGAUGGACCAGCCAAGCCUGAAGGAGCAAAGCCCACCAACCACCGACCAGCAGAAAGCUCCGUCUCCACAGGCUCAUCAGCCAGUAGUUUUGGCAGCGGAUACAGUGUGGACAGUGAGGGGAGCUCCAGCACCACCGGGGACAGCAAUUUAUUUCCCAUUCCAAGAAUAGGAAAGAUGAACCAGAAUGGCCAAGAAGCAGUGAAGCCGCCGGGAGUAGGGUUAACAGAAUCUGAAGGUAAAACCCAGAUGGUGGGUGAAAUAAAGAUUGCUCUAAAGAAGGAAAUGAAGACAGAUGGUGAACAACUAAUAGUGGAGAUCCUUCAGUGUAGAAAUAUCACAUACAAGUUUAAAUCUCCAGAUCACUUACCAGAUCUGUAUGUGAAGCUGUACGUUGUCAACCUUGCUACUCAAAAGAGAGUGAUGAAGAAGAAAACAAGAGUAUGCAGGCAUGACCGAGAACCUUCAUUCAAUGAAACAUUUAGAUUUAGUUUGAAUCCAAGCGGACAUUCCCUUCAGAUUCUCCUUGUUUCCAAUGGAGGAAAGUUUAUGAAGAAGACUUUAAUUGGUGAGGCAUAUAUCUGGCUUGACAAAGUGGACCUCAGGAAAAGAAUAGUAAACUGGCACAAACUUAUGGUCAGCUCCACACAGGCGCAUUGAGCAAACAUGUCUCCUUAGGGCAGCUAGGCAUUUGAGGUGUCUGUCCAUGUGAUUCCAAGACUCUAGUCUGAUAUUGUGUUUAGCUAGGUUUUCAGAAUACUGAGGAGGAACAGCAAGUUUCCACCAGGGCUAUUUAUGUGUUCUGCUGUAUUUGAAAGAAAUUUUAAAAACACAGCAAACAAAAAAAUAUAUACCACCCUGGGCCCACAAGUCAAAGUGACUGUGCUUGAAAAGAGCUCUGUGAUGCUUGAAUCUAUGUGGCUAUGAGGAGAAAGCAUUUGAAGGCAGAUAUUGGAUCAGGCUGCAGCUGAAGGCGGAAUCUCUGCAUGGAAGAGAGAUGUCUCAGUUGGUGUCUUGGUGUGAUCAGAGGAGAGCUCAUUUUAUGCAACAGCACCUAAGCCUUUCCGAUUCUCAACGUAUGGGAAGACUCAUCCAUGUUCUUCUUCACUUCAGACUGUCUGGUGACUGUCUAUAGAUGAUGCUCCAGAAAGGCCAAGGGGCAAAAUACUUCAUUUGAAAUGAUUAAACAAUUCUUUUUCAUAUCAUUAGUAAUAUGCAAUGGAUGAUAAGUUCGAAACGAUAAUUUCUGUAUUAGAACUGUGAAAUGACCACCUUGAAAUGUGAAGUAUAAAAAGCACAGAAGCCGCUAUUUUGGAAGGGGAAGACUAAUUUGUGGGAUAAUUUGGCACCAUCUCAGGAAAAGAGACUGACGAUAGUUUAGCCUACCUUUCUGAGGUAGUACUUUACAAUAAGGGCUUUUCCAAGUGCUGGAAUGAAUAUUGUUGCUUUGACUAAUCUGUCUUGCCUAUGUGAACUUGAAGGGGUUGGUCUCUCAAAAUGUUCAAUUAGUCCAAGUGGAAUUCUCAGCACCUAUUUAGUUAAUCUCAGCUGCACCUUUUGCUUGGCUUUGAUGUGAAGUUUCCUUACAGACUGGCUUUCUCAUGGACAUAUGUAACCAUGAAAAGAGUGUACGGGUAUCUUUGUUCACAAGCAAAUGAGUUUUUUCACUUGGGAAGAUUAAGGUCUUGGAGGAACCACUUCCGCAGCAUAAGGCCAAAUCUUGCUUUUAAGAUGAUGAGUCCAGCAGCAUCCAUCAUCACGGAAAAGAAGUGUUUAUAGAGGCUUGAGAAAUGGGGCGAAGAUGGUGACUUUUUAGAGGUUAAGUGAAAUAAAAAAAAUUCCUACAACAACUAAUGUGACUGUCCUUUACUAAACUGAUUGGCUUUUUAGUUUUAUCUCAAGAACUGAACAUCUCAGGCACAGUCAGCAAAUUUGUACAAGCAAGUGCCCAAGAAGACCAUACAAUUUUAUUUCAAAUGACAGCAUAACUUGUUUUCAUAACAAAAUCAGAGAAGAUCCUAAAUAAAAGAGAGGCAACAUGACAUCAGAUUCAUGGUCAGUUUUAAUUCCAAAUGUUUAGCAGGAGGAAAAUAUCUCAGUUCUGGAAAAUAAAUUCCUCAAAAAUGCACUGGAACACACUGUUUUCACCAAAUCAGUUACAACCCAAAUGAAUAACCAAUUUGACCUUUGAAUGCUGAGUAUAUUAUUUUCAUUGCAUUUGGUUGGGAGAGGAUCUCAGUUCAUUACCCAUUUCCUAGCAAUUAUUUCAGUUUCAAUCCUUCCCUCCCCCACAGCAAGGUGCUGUGCCUCGUGCAAAUUAUCUUCUGCAUCAUAACUACAUUUACAUUAUUGAAAACAACGGCAAAAGAAGAGAUGUGUCAUUGGAUCUGUACUUCCCUCAAACAUCCAGGUUCAAUUAGUAAGCAAAUUAUAUAUGGCAUUCAACUGGAUAGUUGGAUCCUGUUACAGCUGCCAUGGAGAUUUCCAGUAGCAGCAAAAACUGGCGGGAGGCUUACAAGGAAGCCGGCGGCCUUUCCUUAACCAGACUGCGACACAUAGAUCUGUGGGUAGAGUAAAGCAUGCAAGCACAAGCAAUGAAAGCUUCAUAUCAGGAUUGCCAGGGUUUUCCACAGGCUUCUACGGCUUCUACCUCAACAACUGCCUUCCUCAGCCAAUGGCUAAAGGCCUUGGUUCCAAGGCUGACUCAAAGCAGCCGGUUGGGGCAGAGCCUAAACUCUGGGGGCCAUGUUUAUUGUAUGUGGGAAUCAGAGCCUGAGGUAGUAGCUGUUAGGGAAAGUGGUUUCUAUAGGCACUGGUUUGUUCCACCCCACUACAAUAAAUAUACGUGUGGUCCACAUGCGCGGCAUCAUCGCUGAGACUAGAUGAUGCCUCCAGUUUUCAUUUUGAUUAAAUGUCUGGGUUGUGCUGGGAUAAUUCUAUGCAACAAUGAAUCACGUUUAAAUGCAGUCUUGUUAUGAAUGAAAAUGACGAAAUCCUUCUUCUGGCAUUUUUUUUAAAGAAAUAAACUCACAUAGAGACUUUGGGUAUUUUAAAAAUGUAUAGCUAUUUCAGCAUUUUUUUUAGUUUUCCUUUUUUUAAAUAAUCUCAUUUUGUGGGACUUUUAUAUGUCAGAAGUGCUUAGACAGCACAAUACUUGGAAAGAUGGAAUGGAAAUCAGGUAGUGGCUUUCUUUUAGAAUAAAGAUUGUGGCUCGCACAAGAGUGAUAUUUACCUCCAAGUCUGCUGAGCUGGAGAGAAAAGUUGUAUCCUACAGAAUGCGUUCUUACAUUGAAAACAUGCUUGAAAUCUGAGCUAAAGCACAGUUUUUUGUGUGUAUUGACAAGUGGCAGGGAUUGUUUCUCUAAUGGGGGUAAUUUCUCUUCUGCAUUCCACUGUGCAGUAGCCAGAUCUUGCAUUAUUUUUCUUGAUCCAAAGUCCACGUUUCUGUGAAGAAUGUUGUUGAGCCAGUCUGUUAUUCCUUUAAAGGGACAGUAUCCAGGAGAAAAAAUGAAUGCUGUUUCUUUAUUAUUGACUACUUUUUGUAAUGUUAUUUCACUAUUGCUUAAUAUGUAUACCAGGAGGAGCAUAUGGGAGAUUUCUAUAUAGAUUCUAAAUCAGAAACCUCAUUGUCAGUAAUUUUCUGGAUACUUAACUGUGAAACAGUUUGACUGUUCGGGAUGGUGUGAGAUGGGGGUGAGAGCUGUAGCUGGUAACCAGCCGAUACUGCUUCAUCCUCUAAGGGUGAAGAAAAUGUAAACGCCUCCUAUAUCGUAUGCAAGCAAGCUCGAUAGAAAAUUGUUUAAUUAGCAUUUUGUUUCUUGGAAAUACCAUACAGAUGUUAAGUAUAUUUUUAUCUUUUUAUUUGAUUAAUGCAUAAUAUGAUUCAGGCAAUUUAUCUUCACAACUACUGUCGAAUGUUCUGCAGUUCUUUGAGUGUCCAUAUAUGUACAUACAUAAAUGUAUAUGAGAGGGAAAUAGUGAAUAUGAGUAACCAAAUCUUUGAAGUGUAAAGCAGAAAGGAAAUGUAUGUAUACACUGACAUUCUAUUUUCAUUCAUUUCUGGCCAAUUUUCAAUGCAGUUCUUGAGAUAUAUUACUAUUAGAUGGAAACAAUAAAAACUGGAUACUUUCUCUUUAAAUUAUAUGAUUUUUCCACGUUCUGUUGACAAAUAACACACCCAUGGAUUUUAAAAUUAUAUGCUAUACAUAGAUAUAUAUAUAUAAAAACAUGAAAUAAGACGUGAAAGGAAGCUGUUUUCUUAAUUUGUUAUCUUGUAAAUAUACAUUUUGUAUUAAAAAGCAAAAGAAAGUUUGGAUUCCAAACCCCAUCAUGUUUGAAGCAUGUCUGUGUCAAUAAAAGUUGACCUUAUCUUGUAUAGUUGGUUGGUGUGCCCAGGUGUUCAGCAAUCCCUGAAUGGCAUAUGUGCCAUCAUGCGUUCAGACAAUGUACCUCAUGUGGGCUGGGGAAUCUACCAUCAACAAUAAAACUAAAAAGCAACCACAACUAUUAGUCCUUGGAGAGAUGUAAUAAUUCCACAAUGAUUGUUGCAUGCACUGGUCUGAUAAUUUUCUUUUUCAUUUGAAUGAAUUAUGAUUCCUUGAUUUCUGAUUCUCCAAGAAAAAAAUGAUGUUCACAGUUUAGCCUAAAAGUUUCAUAACAGGAAAUAACAACAAAAAAAGUAAAACAAGUUGUAUAUUGAGAAAUAUGCUCAAUUUUCACACUGUGUAUAAAAUCAACGUCAUGGUUUUGUGAUUGUAUACUUGUACAAUCCUGUAUGCAGGAUGUAAUUUGAGAAUUUAUGCAAAUUGUGUUGUAUAAAGGCUGUUAAUCCCAGUCCAAUUAAUAAAUAUUUAAAAUAA